CUGACAGCUUUCCGAGGUUUGCAGAGCAUGGAGAACGAGGGUAAUUCGGAGACAUCAGAGCCCUGCUCUCAAGAUGAACUUCUGGCUCUGGAGAUAUAUAUGAAGGGAGAGAUAAGACCUUCAAUUUCAGACAAGCUUAGAGUGGGUGUCUAUGACCGAGAAAAUGCCUCCCAAACAGAUCUGAGCGAAAUACUGGAGUUAAAGGAGUUGACAGGCGUUCUACAAACUCUCGUAAAGUCUUAUGAUGUUCUGAAGAAAGAUGUCAUUCUUCAUAAAAAUAUCCUGCAAGCAGAGUACGAGCAGAAGAUUCAGGCACAAGCUUCAGAACUUUAUGGCAGGAUAAACAAUGCCGUGAGAGACCUUGAAGCUGUUCACAAAAAGAAAGUAUCCACUCUUAGAAGAAGCUUCCAGACACAGCUGAUUGAUGCUCUUGCUGUAAUAAGAGCAAAAUAUGAGCGUGGUGAUGUAGAGGACCACAAGACAGAUACAAAAGCACUAAAGCAGAAAGUGUCUGAACAGGAUAUUUUAAUCAAUUCAUUAAAAGCACAGAUAUUGGAACUUGAAGAACAUGAACACCCAACACAGAUUGUUUUCGAAUCAGAAGAUGACCCAGAAAAAGAGAGGCUGGUAGAAGAGAAUCGAGAAAUGAAAGAAGAGAUUGACACCCUGCAGGAUAAAAUCCAGCAGCUGGAAAAUGUUCUAAUGGAGAAAGAGAAGCAUAUUCGAGCUUUAGAACUGGAUGUGGGUGCCAUCAAACAGAAAAUGGAAAAGGACCAAAAGACCAUUGAGAAGCUCCUGUCUGAAAGUAACAGUUUAAAGAUUGAAUUUGAGAAGGAGAAAUCCGCUAUGGUGAUAAUGCUUCAACAACAGAAAGAAGAAAUGGAAACCAUUAUGAAAACAAAGCUUCUUGAAAAAGAGAAAGAGCAAGCGCGAAUAGAACAAGAACAUCAGGCCCGUCUGGAACAAGAACGUCAAGCACGACUCAAGCAAGAAAGCGAAAGUCAAAUCUUGGAAGACAUUCAGAAGCAGAGGCAGCUCCUACUUCUUGAAACCGAACAACUGAAAAAAAUCCAGCAAAAAGUUAUGAUUCCUACAGGCGGCCAGGAGAGUGGAAGUGAAGAAAAAGAAAAGCUACUCGCUCAAAUUAAAAAGCUUUUGCACGUUAAAGAAGAGCAUGAGAUGACCAUACAUAGGCUUCGGAGGGAGCCGGAGAGAAUUAACAAGAUGUGGGAGAAGAAAUUUGAAAUAUUAAAGCACAGUUAUCAUGCUAUCAAAGAUGAAAUGUUCCUUAGACAAUCUCUUCACCGCCAAGCUAUGAAUCUUCACAGGGUAUCCGUCAGUUACAUGAUGGAUGGCAUAGGAACAGCCCCUGCAAGCCACCCAGCAAAAAAUAACUUUUAUCUGCCGACUUUACCUUUGCCCCAGAUUAGGACCAAGUCCCCCACCACAAUCCAGCCAACUGAAUUUGGGGCAGGAUACACAGAGAUAGAAGAGCAGGACGCAUUCUCUGAAGAUGAAUUGCAAGUGAUUUCAGAUGAUGCUGAAGCAGAACUGGAAGGAAUACCUGCUUUUCCUCCUCCACCAGCGCUAAUAAAUCUGAUGAAGUAAUCUGCAUCUAGUCAUUUUCCUACAGAAAGAUCUUUCAUAAACUGCAAACGGCCUCAAG